CCGAUUCAUCUAGCCGCAUUUAACGGAUAUACAGAAAUCCUGUUGCUUUUGCUUGAAAAAGAUGCAAACAUAAAUGCACCAACAAUAACUUUACGGACAGCGCUUCAUCUAGCAGCUCAUAAAGGAAACAAGCAGAUAGUAGAACUCCUGCUCGAAAAAGGUGCUGAUGCGAAUUUAUUGGAUAAGAAUGAACGAACACCGCUACACAUCGCAGCUAAAGAAAGUUGGCAUGAAAUAGUUUACCUACUAAUC